UGCAAUGGAAGAAUCGUCUGGGGGUGAGCCUCAAAGGACGUUGGGGCCAGAGUGUCAGGAGCCACCUCAUAUGCUAGUCUUUGAAGGUUGAAUUUUUUUUAUUCUUUGGAUUUGGAGAUUCAUGGACUUUUUUUUUGAGGUGGACUAUUGUGAUGUUUUCUAAAAAUGAUUCCCAUGGCUUGGGAGGAGUGUCUUAGUACAGACAUUAGGGUAACCACUUGAAUCAGGAGUUGGAUAUGAGUCCCACCUCUACCAUGUGCCACCUGCGUGAUCUCUGUGUCUGGGCUUCCUCAUCUGAAAAAUGACGUCCAUUUUUCAGGUGUGUUGUGAGGAUUAAGUGAGACAUGCAUUGCCUGGCAUAUAGUCCUCUCGCAAUCAGUAAUGACAGUAUCCCUCUUCUGACUCUUGGACUCAGGAUUUCAAAACUAUUUUAGUUGUAGUGACUUCUCUGAAGCCUUUUUUGGAAACCAUUGGAAGUCUCCUGGGGCCAGCUUGCUUGUGCCAUCCGUGAUGUGAGGUGCCCAUGACUAGUGACAGGAUGUAGUGCUUUGUUGGCCUCACUGGACUCUAUUUUUAUUGUGUCUUAAUUGGAAAUUUCCUGCAUUAAUGCAAAAACAUUAUCUUUCAGAAGUUAGGAGUUAGAAAUGGAGUCGAGGUAUCUUCAAAAGCACCUCGGGACGUGUCUAACUCAAGGUCUUGCAGAUGUGGCAAGAAUGCGCCCACUGGAUCCAAUAGAAUAUUUAGCAUUGUGGAUUUACAAAUAUAAGGAAAAUGUGGUCAUGGAGGAGCUGAGGCAGAAGGAGCUGGCCGACUUGGAGCGUGAGAGACAGGUGGCUCUGAUGGAGCGGGAAGUGUUGGAGAGGCUCAAGGCGGAGGAGCUCAUGUUUCAGCAGCAGCAGUUGGCCAUCCAGCUGGAGUUGGAAAUGCAAGAAAAAGAGAGACAGAGAAUAGAAAAACUAGAGAGAGCUCAAGAACAAUUAGAGAAGGAGAUGGCAAUGAAUAUGGAAAAUGAAGCUAAGGGUGAAGUUACUUCACAUAGAGAAGAGUCUCCAAUAGAAGGAGGCAAGACGAUAGCUGAGAUGAGCGAUCGCUACGGGGCACCGAACUUGAGCAGAGUGGAAGAGCUCGAUGAACCAAUGCUCUCUAAUGUUGACUUAAACAUUGAUCAAGAUUUGUAGGAUCAACCAAGCUAAGAGCAAUAAACGUUUCUGCUUGUUUCAAGUUUCAAAAUA